UAAACAUUAAUUAUUUAAAAUGAGGCUAACAAACAGUCUUCUGAGACAGCACAUAGGAUUCUACUUCAAGAAGCACUGGAUCCAGCAAGGCAAACGUGUACCGAACAGUACCGGUGCCGAGGAGGAACUAGUCGCUCGCGGUAUUGCUGCAGUCGAUCCCUCGGAAGUUCUGAAAGAGCAUACACCCCGGGAGGAUUUCGUUAUCCCCGGCAUGGUUCCACCGCCGGUAAGAUACGAUGAAACGCAUCCCCUAUGGAAACCGGAGCCGGCGUUUGUGUACGGUGACACAAAUGUCCUGCUGGAAGGUGUACGUCAGGCACAAAGUUUACUAAACACGGUUGUGUUCGAUGAUCUACCGUUGAAAUUGGAGGAAAAGCUAGAUCAAACAAAGAUUGCCGCUCCGCUCGAUCGAUCGAUGCAGCAUGCCGUGCUGUCGGCCCUGGUCUUUGACACGGAACAGGUAAAAACGGCCAUUCAAAAGGUUCCGGAUCGCCCCGCUUACAAGCUACCACGCACGUAUGGCAUUUCCGAGGGACGGAAAAAUCAACUGAUACUGUCCAAGCUGGUAACGCACUGUGACCGAUUCGUCGGACGAUCUGUGAAUGUGAAUCGCAAAGUAGUUUUCAAUGCCCGAUUUUUAGUCCCGAUUGUAAAAGAAAGCGAACGAGUUCUGCUAAACUUGAAGGCGGAAUCGAUGAUUAUAUCGCACGAACCAUUGAAACCACUGGAUACCGCCGUUUAUCGUCCGAUGGAUCUGGAGCUACCGAACCUGUUCCCACUGAAGGAAACUGUGUCAAUACCGGUGCAAAACAUUUAUGACUGGAGAAACGAUUAUCCUAUCAGCCGUAAUUACAAAUUUUCCCAUCCUCACACCAUCCUCAUACACUGCUCGCCGAGCGACGUGAAAAAUGCGACGGAAUUACCCGUGUCGCGUGAUCAAAUCGAAGGACGAACGAUGGUAAAAGCAUUCGCUGCGGCAGCUGCCCGUGCCCGCCAACUGUACGGUGAGGAUGUAAAAACACUGCCCAUUCCCAUCACGGUCCAGGCGGUACAAACCGACAGCAAAACGUUCCACUUUAGCGUGUACCAGCUGAACACGCUGGAUCUAAGCUCCAGCACGGAACGUAAUAUGUGGUUCCGGAAGGCACCGUUGGAUCUGUACUCGCAGUGCGGCUAUGUUGUCGGAAAGCCUACGCUCGAUGACUAUAACAAGGAUGUGCUGCGACAUUUUGCUGUAUUCUAUUCGAAUUAGUGAAGG